AUGAAUAACUCUACAGUGAACUUCACACCUGAAGCAUCUACAAACUCCACAACUCAUUCUAUUGCACAACUCAAUAGUUUGAACAUUUGUCUAUUUGGCCUCCCUUUCCUGGUUGGUGUUCCUACACACUCUUAUGUUAUAUGGCUCAUCAUCACAGGAACAGGAAGAGGAGUUGCAUCAGAGUUCUUCAACCUCAAUCUGUCUGUUUGCGAGAUUGCUAACUGUCUGAACGUUUUAUUUAGUCUACUGUCAUUUUUGUUUUCAAGUCUCACAAGAACAACAUAUUUUUUGCAAGGACUCUCUGUCACUGGUCGUCCUCUGUUUCAGUGUCUGAUGUGUGUUGAGCGUUACCUGGCAGUGGUUCAUCCUGUAACCUUUCUGAAGUAUAAACCUCUCAGAUAUAGAGUGAUCUGCUGCACUGCGGCCUGGAUAAAUACUCUUGGUUCUUGUUUGUUCUGCAUGUUUAGUUUAAUCUCAAAUAACCUUCAUGCAUAUACAUGGUUCUACACACUGCAGUUUCUCCUCUUCCUCUCCAUCCAGUUGUUUUGUCUUGUGGCUGUUCUCAGAGCUCUGAAGCAGUCAGGACCAGGAGAGAGAGGGAGAGAGAGAGGGGAGGAAAACAACAUGAAGAGAAGAGCGUUUCACAUCAUUUUAAUAACUACUGUGAGCAUUGCUAUUAUAUAUUUGCCAUAUAUAAUCAUAGGAUUGUCUUUCGUUUCUUCACAGCUCUUUAUGGUUGAACUCAUUGCUUUUAGUUUCAUUUGUUAUAUUUUUGCUGGUUUUGUUCAGCCAAUUCUUUAUUUCAAACGAGCUGGAAAACUGUCCUGCUUUUGCUCUCCAUAAAAAAAAUAAAUAAAUAAAUAAAAAAAUAUAAAAAAAAAAUAAUAUGUUAUAUCACUAAAUACAAAAGAAAAUUUGCAAGUAUAAAAUCAUCGACUCUCCCAUAUACAUUCAGAUUACCUAUAUUCUGUGUGUUGUUAAAAUAUAUUUGUACUUAAUUGGACUCCAUAAAAUAGUCCAAUGAAAUUAUCUUUUUUUCUUUAUUAAAUGUAAAUUACAUGUUGUAAGAGUUCAACAUAAAAUAACAAAAGGCAAUUUUGUUCCUGUUACUGUUUUUUUUUUUUUUUUUUUUACUUUUAAGAUUUGCAUAUCUGAUGUUUUGUGAUUUGAUGCCUAUGGAGUCAUGCACAUAUAUUCUUGUAACAGCUGUGAAGUCAGUCUCCAAAACACAGCACAGAGUUUUUUACAAAUACAGACAGAGAGACUGGACAUUCACUCUUCAGGUGAUAAACUUUUGAUUAAUUUUCUUGUUUUCAGCUUAAUAAUAUACAACAUUUUUUGUAAGAUGGUUUAACUUUUAUAACUAAAACA